AUGCUCUCUUCGGUGCUCCCUGGCCAGCCCAUCCCCCUUCCUCCCCGUGCACCCCGGCCCCGCCCAGGCCCUGGUGUCUAUCUGCGCGACGGCCAGGUACGCGCUUCCCUCAUUGGCGUGCCCCGCUCAGACGCCUCUACUCUCACUAUCUCGCGUGUACAACCCCACCCACCCGUACCUGGGUCUGUUGUCAUCGGAUUUGUCACGCGUCUCUCACCGCUGCAGGCUUUGAUCUCCAUUACUGUUGUCGACGACGUCCCGCUCCCCGUCGGCGAAGAAUUUACAGGUGUCAUCCGCACCCAGGACGUGCGCGCGACAGAGAAAGACCGCGUCAAGGUCGCUGAUUGCUUCCGCGGGGGCGAUGUUGUUCGGAGCCAGGUCUCUCGUUCCCCAGCUCUCCUCCUCAUGACCGCCGUUCUCUCGCCCUUGCAUGCCCUGCGCAAGGACAGGCACAUGUCUCUUGACGACAAUGGAAUUGGCUUCUCCACCAACACGGAUUGGCGCGAAAAGUACAAUGAGGUCGUCGACAUGCUAGCCGAAACGCGCGCAGAGCUGGACGAUUUUCACCAAGCGAGCAAGGAAUUAGAGGCAGAGCUGGAGAACGAGCUGCAGCGCACCGAGAAGGCGCAGCAGGAGUUGCAGGCGAAGGUCGUCCGAUCUGAAAAUGAGCGUGACGAGUGGAAGGCCAAGUUCAUGUCCCUCCAAACCACGCACAACACGACCACCACAUCUUUGCAGCGCGAGUUAGACCAGCUAAGACAAGAACAUCAGAAAACUAAGGUCUAUCUUCGUGAGCUUGAGAUGGGAAAUGACGAUUUGGAGCGCAACGAACGCGCAGUAUCCUCAAGCUUGGCGGAUAUGGAAACCAAAUAUUCUAAAGCUUUGGAGGAGAAGAUUCUGCUGGAACAUGAAUUGCUGGAGAAGGCUGGAAUGGAGGAGGAAUGUCAACGUCUUAAAGACGAGCUAAGAGAUGCCAAUGUUGAAAUUUCGAUUUUGCGGGACCAACUCGAUUCGGCCAACAGCCGUUCGGUUCCUGACCUGCAACCUCAAGUUCCUUCCUCCGAAGACCUCCUCAAGACAGCACCACCUCCUGACCUUGAUCUUGCUGAUGUAUCGCCUUCAGAAUCGUUUCAUUCCAGCACUAACACGACACCGAAGGCAUCGCUCUCUCGACCAGCCGUCCCUUCGCCAUUCAUGCGCGCGGCUCGACAACAAGAGAAACCGAGCCCGCUCACCGCGUUCCGAAAUUCUUCCAAUAUCAUACGAUCGACGACUUUGCCAUCCUUCUCGUCGCCUUCGACAGCAAGCCCCCGCAGCUUCAUGCGCCCCCCUGCUGCGCGCACCGUUUCAACAGCGACAACCGCCAGCAACUCAUCUUCCACUGGCUCCGUCGCAAAGAAUAAGGGUGUGCAGAUGGUCUCUGAAAUGCGGGCCCGGGUCCGCAAUUUAGAGCAGAAAAUACACACCCGUGUUCCCCGGUUGCGCAUGGCGAGCAUCACUGGACGUCAGAACUCCUCGCUCGCAGGACCGACAACCCCCGUCCUGAGCUCUUCUUCCUCAGUUGCAUCGAGUACAUCUACGGCCAAGACUAGCUGGGAAUCUCAAAGGAAGAGUGUCGAUUCUCGUAGCAACGACAGUGGCUCCGAGAAGAGCUCUAGGAAAAAUGGAGGUGAUUCGUCUGGAUGGGUGCUAAUCAUGGAGGACUCUCCCUCGCCUCAGAAGAAUAAGGAGGCUAAACGGUUGAAAGAGAACCGUAGAUUGUCCAAUCCAAUGGCACCGACGUCCUUUCGUCCAACUGUUUCGACCAGUGCACGUCCUACCUCACCUUCCCUCAGCACAGGACCAAUGAAUCCUUUGGCAGUGAGUACUGGUCUACGUCGUCCACAAUCGAGACUCUCGGCAGGCGGUACCACAUCCUCUUCAGCAUCACGACCACAGACACCAACCUUAUUACCGGUCCCUUCUAACAGUCUGUCCACCUCUACCUCUGUUGGAAUGAAGCGAUCUUCGGGGCCAGGAGCCCCCAACCCCUACAGCCAAUUGAAGCGCUCGUCUCUCGGAAAGAAUGCACCAUCACCACCCGUUCCGCCUCUCCCAAGCACACAGCGCGAACGGCCAAUUACCAUGCCGCCAAAUGGCUAUGGUAGGAGUGUUAUUUCCCCUACGAAUCUAAAGUCCAAAGAUCUUCCCACUUUACCAACCGACCUCCAUGCUAACGUUACAGUGCGGCCCAGCUCAAGGAUGCCCUCUUCAAGCAGCUCUUCGAAUGCACUCUCUAAGAGCCGCAUUGGUCGACCGAGCGGAGGUACUUCAGGACGGAGGAGCGCCGGUAUCGAAUCUGGAAGCGUCCUGGAUAUCAAAGAUCUACUGCCUCGUGCCUCCAGUCCUGGAGGAUUGUGA